GGGCCUUCUCCCCGGAUGCCGUUGGCCCCCGGUGCCCUCCUGGGCCCCCUGCAGGCCUCCAGGCGCCCGAGGCUCCCGUCAGGAUGCAAGGCGACUCCCGGCCACCCGCCUUCCUCCGAGGGCCCCGCUGCUCCCUGCCUCUCUGACCUGGCCAUGGCCGCACCCCCAGGCCAUGGGCCUUUCUCCGGCGGGCGCCAGCUUCCGCAGGGGCUGCCGGAUGUUCAGCUGCUGCCUCGGCGACUCCCACUGUCGUUCCGGGAUGCGACGUCGGCCCCCCUGCGCAGGUUGUCCGUGGACCUCAUCAAGACGUACAAGCACAUCAACGAGGUGUAUUAUGCGAAGAAGAAGCGGCGUGCUCAGCAAGGCCCCCCCGAAGACUCCAGCACCAAGAAGGAGCGGAAGGUGUUGAACCGCGGUUACGACGACGACAACCACGACUACAUAGUUCGCAGUGGGGAGCGUUGGCUGGAGAGAUACGAGAUUGACUCGCUCAUCGGGAAAGGCUCCUUCGGACAGGUGGUCAAGGCCUACGAUCACCAGACCCAGGAGCUGGUGGCUAUCAAGAUCAUCAAGAACAAGAAGGCGUUUUUGAACCAGGCCCAGAUUGAGCUGCGGCUACUGGAGCUCAUGAACCAGCACGACACUGAGAUGAAGUACUACAUUGUGCAUCUGAAGCGUCACUUCAUGUUCCGGAGCCACCUGUGCCUGGUGUUUGAGCUGCUGUCCUACAACCUGUACGACCUCCUGCGCAACACCCACUUCCGCGGGGUGUCCCUCAGCCUGACACGCAAGCUGGCGCAGCAGCUGUGCACGGCCCUGCUCUUCCUGGCCACGCCCGAGCUCAGCAUCAUCCACUGCGACCUGAAGCCCGAGAACAUUCUGCUCUGCAACCCCAAGCGCAGUGCUAUCAAGAUUGUGGACUUUGGCAGUUCCUGCCAGCUUGGGCAGCGGAUCUACCAGUACAUCCAGAGCCGCUUCUACCGCUCUCCGGAGGUCCUGCUGGGCGCGCCCUACGACCUGGCCAUCGACAUGUGGUCUCUGGGCUGCAUCCUCGUGGAGAUGCACACAGGCGAGCCCCUCUUCAGCGGUUCCAACGAGGUGGACCAGAUGAACCGGAUCGUGGAGGUGCUGGGGCUGCCCCCUGCGCCCAUGCUGGACCAGGCUCCCAAGGCCCGGAAAUACUUUGACCGGCUGCCGGACGGGAGCUGGACUCUGCGCAGGGGCAAGGACCUCAGGAAGGAGUACCGGGGUCCGGGCAAGCGGCGGCUGCAGGAGGUGCUGGGGGUGGACUCGGGCGGCCCCGGGGGCCGGCGGGCCGGGGAGCCCGGACACAGCCCCGCCGACUACCUCAAGUUCCAGGACCUGGUGCUGCGCAUGCUGGAGUACCAGCCCGCCGCUCGCAUCAGCCCGCUGGGGGCCCUGCAGCACGGUUUCUUCCGCCCCCGCACCGCCGACGAGGCCACCAACACCGGCCCCCCCGCCCCCGCCCGCCAGGCCGGGCGCGCCUCCACCUCCACCUCCCCCGCCCCCGACACCUCCCACUCCUCCAGCACCACCAGCUCCGUCUCCAGCUCGGGUGGCUCGAGUGGCUCCUCCAAUGGGAACCGCAGCUACCGCUACAGCCAGCGCUACCGCGGGGGGCCCGGCUCCCUCUCCACCGAUUGCGACAUGCCCAGCCCCCAGGCUCCACCUCCCGUCGUGCAGUCCCAUCUCCCCCACUGGGCCGGGGGGGACACGUCGGGGACCGGGAGCGGAGCCGAGGGCGGCCCUCAGCGGCUGCCCCACAAGCCUCCUCCCGCUCCACCCUCCUUCCAUCCUGCGGCCCGCCCCGCCUACCCGCCCCGGAGUUCGCCGCCGCCGCCGCCGCCCGUCCUGAUGGAGGAAGGCCCGGCCUCGGGCUCGGCCCCGGCCUCGGCCCCGCCACCGCCUCCUCCGGCUCCUGCCCCGGCUCCCGCUCCCGCUCCUGCUCCUGCUCCUGCUCCUUCAGCAGACUGCUGUCCUCUGGCCCUGGGUCCCGGCCCGGGCCCGCCUCUCCUGCCCGGCUCUGCCUUCCGGACUCGGACCGCCGGGGGGGUCGCCCCGCGGGGGAGGGGGCCGCGGCCGCUGGCCUCCGAAGAGCCGGGCCUGCCUCACGGGCUCGGCCUCCGAGGGGUCCCCCAGAGCACGGCUGCCAGUUCCUGAUCCCCUGCCCUGGGGCCCCCGAAGCCAUACGCCCCCGUCCCCCCACGGGGCCCCCCCGGGCUCGCCCCCAACUGGAAUUGCUGCUACCCC